AUGGAGACACCAAAUCCAGUAAAGCUAGGUGGUUUCUUAUUUGUACCUAAUGUUCAGGAAUUUGCCAAACAAUCGCCUGGAGAAGUCCCAGCUCGAUACAUACGCAAUGAUCAGGACCCAUUGAUUAACAACAUAUCUGGUACAUGUAUGUUAGAUCAGACAGUACCUAUUAUUGAUUUUCAGAAAUUACUAUCUCCUGUACCAAUUAUUGGAGAGUCAGAAUUGGACCAACUUCACUCUGCUUGCAAAGAAUGGGGUUUCUUUCAGGUGGUAAACUAUGGAAUCGACAAUUUAUUGGUAGAGAAAGUGAAAUCAGAAACUCAAGAUUUUUUCAAUGUCCCGAUGGAUGAGAAAAAUAUAUUUUUGCUGGAUGACGGAGACAUAGGAGGAUUUGGACAAGCCUUUGUUCAUUCAGAAGAGCAGAAGCUUGAUUGGGGAGAUAUGUUUUUCAUGCUGACUCUUCCCAAAACGUAUGAGGAAGCAUCGGCUAUUUCCUAA